AUUAGCGCUUAGAGGCACAGAUAUCUGUCGUCAUUAUUUCUGUUUGAUUAGUUUGUAAUCCGUGGAAGGCUUUGAUCUUUGGUGUGUCAAAUGUUUGCUGUGUAACACUGAAAAAUUUGUAAUAUUUCAUGUACUUUAAAUCAUAUAAUUAUCUUUGACUAUUUUAUCUUAGAACCUGUGGAUUUCAGUGACAAAAAAUGUUUAAUGCAAGCCGUGGAAGACUGAAUCAGUUCAGCGUUUUACUGUUGAGACGGUAUCAAAGUACUCUUGUGAUUGCUGAACAUAAUGAUGGUAAGUUGGUGCCCAUCACUCUUAGUGCAAUAACUGCAGCUAAACAGAUAGGAAAUGAAGUCGCAUUGCUGGUAGCUGGCACUAAAACAGCAUCUGUAGUAGAAGAACUGACAAAGGCAGAUGGUGUAAAGAAAAUUCUUAAUGCAGAAAAUGAAGCUUUUAAGGGUUUAUUACCUGAAAGUUUGACCUCAUUAGUGCUAGCUGCUCAGAAGCAGUUUAAUUUCACACAUAUUAUUGCUGGAGCAUCUGCAUUUGGAAAGAAUUUGAUUCCAAGAGUGGCUGCCAAGCUGGACGUUUCUCCUAUAUCUGAAGUUAUUGGUAUUAAAGAUCCAGACACAUUUAUCAGAACAAUAUAUGCAGGUAAUGCCAUUCAGACAUUAAAAGCAAAAGAUGCCAUAAAAUUACUUACAGUACGAGGUACUAAUUUUGCAGCUUGUGCAUUAACAGGAGGAGGAGUUUCCACUGAGAAUGCACCUGCAUGUGAAAUAAAAAAUGAUCUCUCUACAUGGUGUGGUCAAGAGCUUUCAAAGAGUGAAAGACCUGAGUUAACAAGUGCAAAGCGCGUUAUCUCAGGUGGAAGAGGUUUAAAAAGUGGAGAUAAUUUUAAACUACUGUAUGAACUUGCUGACAAGUUGCAAGCUGCUGGGUGGGCUUCCCUGCGCAGGAGUGGGGAGUGUCCUAAGGAUGCAGGUUGGACAAUGGAAAAUAGUGCACCUGAAUUAUAUAUAGCUGUUGGAAUAUCAGGGGCCUUCACAUGGCUGGGAGGAGGAGCAAAAACUAUAGUAGCUAUCAACAAAGGUCCAGAAGCACCUAUUUUCCAGGUUGCAGAUAUAGGUCUUGUAGCAGACCUUUUCAAAGCUGUGCCAGAAUUGAUUCAAAAACUUGAUCAGUAUACGAAUAAAUGAUGUCAUAUUAUUCUUAAAAAU